GACGUCAUCGUUUUCGAACAAAUUUUAACGCCCGAGAGCUCGCUCCGAGAAGUCAUGACUCUUCCCGCAUACUAAAACAGACAGGUUUUGGAUAAAACUUGCUCUCGUGUUUGAAGCGUAAGCUUUGAGAACGAGGAGAGAAAAACUUGCAUCGAGGCUCCAUCAGUCUACCGUCGGGGAGGGGUACAUCAGUGACCACAAUGUCUUUAGCGGUACAAGAGAUCAACCUAGAGGGCGUAUCCCCGGAACAAGUUCAGUAUUUGGCAAAUCUUAUUGAAGCCAGUAAGCACAAUGAUGCAGAUCUCGUUAACAAAGGUGAAAUUCCAAAACUGCAGCAGCUGGUUCUAAAUAAGUGUUUGAGCACCAUCUCAGAGGACAGCGAGAAUGGGGUGUAUGUCCAAAGUUUUCCUGAUGAAUGCACUGGCAAUAAUGCCCCCAGUUCUUAUUACAUUAUUAGUACCAACAGGGAUGAUGAAGAUCAUGAGAUGUAUCAAGGUGCUGAAAUGGAUAUACAAAGACUGCAAAGAACGUCUAAUCCUUCAUAUAACCAAGAUCCUUGCAUGGCUACUGCUGAUACCUCCUUUGGAGAGGAGAAUAUGCUGGAUAACCUAUCAAGACAAGUAGCAAUGCAGCAGCAAUACAUUUGCAAUGCAAUGAAUAUUGUGCCAAUAAGUUUAGACAACAGUGCUAGGUGCUAUGCAGAAAAUGGAAGUUACACUGUUCCUUGUCAAGAAUAUAGUAUUGAGGAACCACAGGCAUUGAAUGAUAGUUUGAAUGGAAGCUUGAUAAACAGUGGCUUUGCAGUUCCACAACAACCCAUGAACAGCUUCAACCAACCAAUCAUUCAUUUACACUCUACUCCAGAGAGCAACCCAAUCAGAAACAAAAGCAAAGGAAGCAUGCAAGGAGAAAAUAUGGAGACACCAGAAAAUCACCAUGGAAUCCUGACAUCCCAAGGCCGCUAUGUGUACACUCCUCACCCUCGUACCGGGCAGUUGCUCUAUGUGAGGACUGCUGAUGAUGGCUCCCCCCAGCUGUAUCAUCCCCUCCCUGCAGUGCCUGCCACACCUAUUCAACCAAGCCAACCUGAUACUAGUCAAUUCUCAACUCCCAAGACCUCGACAAGCAAUGCUUUAAACAGCAGCGGAGAGGAGGUACAGGAUAGCUCCACUGGUGAUCCACCCACUGACAAAUCCACCUCCACCGAUGUAUCUACCACCUCCGAAGGAUCCACCUCUAUGUUGAGCUCUUCCGCUGAUAAGAACAAGUUAUACGAUAUCUCCUUGUUCAGUAGUUGUGUUGAAGAUGGUAGAGAACAACACAACUUGAAGGAAAGACGAAGAAGAGCUAGAAUCAAAGAUGCCUGUGAUGUUCUAAGGAAACUUGUCCCUGGAAUGUCGGACAAGACAGAUAAAGCCACAGUUUUUGAAUUUGCAGCCAGAUAUGUGCACUUCCUGAAAGGAUUUGUUGGCAAUCAACACGACAAAGAUUUCCUUCUGAAGUAUAGUCCGUAUUGAGUUGCAUAGAGAAUGCCAAUGUUCUGAAUUCUGCAGGACACAAGAAAAUCCAAGGUGCCAUAUUUAGCUGAACAGUGGACAAUACAUGGAGGCAGUUUCCCCAAUUUCUAUACUGUAGUGCAGGCCACAAUUGGCCAACACAGAGAAUAUAUAUAUCAUGAAAGAUAAAAAUGAUGUAUUCAUAAAGCAUCAGUGCAAUUGCUUUAAAUGUUGAGUUUAUAUUAAAGAUGCAUGUUUUUAAAAAUUAUUUAUCGAAUAACAUCAUUCCUAUUGACAUGUAAUUCUAAGCUUUUUGUUUGAUAUACAAAAAUAAAACUUAUCCAAGCUAUGA